AUGUGUGACAUGGGGGGACUGGACAACCUGGUGGCCAACACGGCCUACCUGAAAGCCCAGGGUGGCGAUGACAAGGAGAUGAAAAAGCGGCGUCGCAGCUUGUCUCUCCCCAAGCCUGAGACAUGCUCUGCACUACGAGCUAGCAUUGAAAAGGACUUUACAUCACUUUGUGAAAGGCAGCCUAUUGGCAAAAAGUUUUUCCGUGAGUUCCUCUCAAGUAACAAUGAGUUUAAGCUUGCUGCAGAGUUUUUGGAUGAGUUGUAUGACUGGGAUCUGGCUGAAAGCACAACAAAAGAAAAGGCACGCCAAAACAUCAUGACCAAGUAUUGCAAGCCUGACUCCAAGAGCUUUUUGUCAUUUCUUACUGGAGAGAUUUCUGACAAAUGCAAAUCUGUCACAGAUGCCAACUUUGAGGAGGUGAUGAAAGGCAAGGUCCAGGAAGGUGUAAGAGAAUUUCUGAAAGGCAAACCCUUUACAGAGUAUCAGAGCAGUCUGUUCUUUGAUAAAUUUCUCCAGUGGAAAGAGUAUGAGAAACAGCCCAUCAAUGACAAAUACUUCUAUGAGUUCAGAACCCUGGGAAAAGGAGGCUUUGGAGAGGUAUGUGCUGUUCAGGUGAAGAACACGGGCCAGAUGUAUGCCUGCAAGAAGCUGUGUAAAAAGCGACUGAAGAAGAAGAGAGGUGAGAAGAUGGCCCUGUUGGAGAAGCAAAUCUUAGAGAAGGUUAACAGCCUGUUUCUGGUCAACUUGGCGUACGCUUAUGACAACAAGACCCACCUGUGCCUUGUCAUGACCCUGAUGAAUGGAGGAGACCUCAAAUACCACAUUUACAACAUAGGCUAUGAUGGCAAGGGUGUGGACAAGGGCAUUGAGAUGAAGCGCAUCAUCCACUACACAGCGCAGAUCUCCACUGGCCUCCUGCAUCUGCACGCCAUGAAUAUUAUAUAUCGUGACAUGAAGCCAGAGAAUGUGUUGCUUGAUAGCCAAGGCCAGUGCCGACUUUCAGAUUUGGGUCUGGCCAUAGAGAUUGCUCCAGAGAAGACUGUCACCCAGAUGGCUGGUACUGGAGCCUACAUGGCCCCUGAGAUCCUGACCAAAACUCCAUACAGGACAUCAGUGGACUGGUGGGCCCUGGGCUGCAGUAUCUAUGAGAUGGUGGCUGGCUACACACCUUUUAAAGGCCCUGAGAGCAAAAAGGAGAAGGUUGAGAAGGAGGAGGUGCAGCGGCGUAUUCAAAAUGAGGAGCCAAAGUGGGAGCACAAGUACUUCGAUGCAGUAACGAAGGACAUCAUCCAACAGUUCCUCAAGAAAAAAAUAGACGAGCGUCUGGGCAUGAAGAACAACAUGGAGGAUCCCAGGAAGCACGAGUGGUUCAAGACGAUCAACUUUCCCCGCCUGGAAGCGGGGCUGGUGGAUCCUCCGUGGGUCCCCAAGCCCAAUGUCGUCUAUGCCAAGGACACUGGUGACAUCGCCGAGUUCUCCGAGAUCAAGGGCAUCGAGUUUGACGCCAAUGACGAGAAAUUCUUUAGGGAGUUUAGCACAGGUGCUGUACCCAUUCAGUGGCAGCAGGAGAUGAUUGAAACUGGACUAUUUGAUGAGCUCAAUGAUCCCAACAGGAAAGAGGGUGCAGGAGGUCUUGAUGAUGACAAGAAGUCUGGCACGUGUACAGUGCUGUGAGCAGCUGCGUUUGAUAUGAAAGAAUGAUCUUUACACUCAGUAUUUUGUUUCUUUUACAGGCUCCAUACCACUCAUGUAAAAAAAAAAAAAAAGUUUUACGAGAGGCGAGCACGAGUGUCUUUGCUGAGAAAAAUGCACUGUCCCUCUCUCGUAAGGAUGUUCAUGGCAUAGAGAGGCAGUAAAACAUGAAAGGUGCGACGAUGUGUUCUGAGCAUCGUCUCUCCGGAUCACAGCUUCUUUUGAUGAUAUCUAAUGUUGUAGAUUUGCAACCGCUUUGACCAUAAACGGCUGCUAGAAGAAAGCUUUACAAAGAUUUCAGUAAUGAUGCAAGUGUUAGAGGAGUAAGUUAAAGCAAUAUGUUCAUGCCAGAAAUACCUUAUUACUUUAUGAAGUUCCUGUCUAAGAAGUUCAGUAUGUGCAGUGUUGUGUUAUAAACAAAGAGGAAUAACUACACACGUAGAAAUAGAACUCAAGAAGGUUCAUUUGUAGUGAACUGCAGAAUUUCAGAGCACUUUCCGUUAUUGAUGCCAUCAGCAGGCCACACUCUUUCUGAAGUGAAAGCACUUUUUUUAACACCACGUGGAUCUUUGUGGUUUUUAGUGAUCCUAAACUUUACAGUAAGGAUUGCAUUUACACCAAAGUGGUUAUCAAUCUGCCCAACAUUUUAGUUUUAUAAGACCAAUUGUUGCAAUUGUAUGUAUUGUAUAUAUAAAAAUAUAUGCACAGAGAGAAGGGGAAAUACUUUAUGUAAGUAAUUUAUAAUGUAGGAUGAAUGUAUUUUAAAGAAAAUGAAGAAUACCAAAAAUCUCUUCAGUGAGUCCCUCUGCUGUUGGUGCUGUGAGCCUCACAUUAGUGAGAAAUGGAGACUCUAGCCCUGGGAGUUUGGAGGAAGAGAUGAAUAUUGAAAUAGCAGCUCAGCGCUGCACACGAAAGAGGAAAAUUUAGAUGGAUUGGGCAAUAAAUUGCUGAACCAGGAA